AAAGUGUGGGGAUUUAUCAUUGCAGUCUAUGGGAAUUUAUUUGUAGUGGUGCACCCCUUAAGCUGGUUUCGACCUGACCCUGAGCUGGUGUUGGCCAAUCAAAAUUGGAGAUUGAAACUUAUUCGUCUAUCACUUCAAGGCCAUCACAGUCAUUUUUGCAGCCUUGAGUGACUUGCGACCUUUCAAAAUAAUGAAAAGCCACUUUUCUGUUCAUACGAGCUUUCUUACCCCCUUUAUUACAUUAUGCUUUGAAUCCAUUUGUGAUUAGAUAAGCAGGCAAUGCUGAAGAAAAACUACUAAUGACGAUGGAUUGAUUCGAUUUAUGGAUAAAAUGAAUGCAGCAUUUAUCAUCCAUUCACGUGAUGCAGUGGGAAUGCACCGGCUUCAUUGCUGAACAUUAUGAAGAAAGUUCAUAACGUCCUCAACCCAUCUCCGUUUUGAAAGAUUGUCAUUGUUUGCCUAAUUCAAUGCACUCUCGACUGGUGAAAGUUCAGAGGUAUUAGGUUUUGAACCCAACCGAAAAUGGAGUUUCUACUACAACAGCCAAAAAGAGAACGGAACUGUGCAAACUUCAGGAAAUGUAUUGUGAAUGAUGAAAUUUGGAUUACAAUUUAGUUUUAACUGCAACCACGCAAGUUACGAUGUCUUUUCGAAUCUAUCUCCGUUUGAGGGACACCUGUACAAGCAAGUCCCUUUGGCUUAUUUUCCUCAUACUUACAUUUCAGCUUUCAAAAGGUGACGGGAAAUCCACCGUCACGGUAAGGCUUUACCCAACAGAGAAAUAUGUGGCUUCAGUCGGUGAGCGUGUGGCUUUCUCUUGUUUGGUGACUGGUCACUUAAGAGAAGGUGGGCCAAUGGUUCACGUGUUUUGGAAAUACUUGGGUAAAACGGUGAAGUCCUGUCAGUUCCCACCGACCCUCCAUCGAGAUGGUUUCAGCGAGUACUGCAACUACACCAUCGUGGCUAAUGGAACAGCAAUGCAGCAUCGCUACGUCUGCACCCUACUUUACCUUGGAACACGUACAAAAACCCUACUGUUUGAAAUAGCAGUGCCAGAGGCGACUAUUGACGUCAGAGAUCUUUUCACGGGGAGUCUCUUUGACCGUGAUUCCGAACCGAUCUGCAGCCAGCUGGGCUCUACACGCACGUUUGAAUGCACCGUUCGAUACGCUCAACCCGGCAUUUGGGAUAUCUCCUGGAUUAUCGAUGGUCAGCCGGUGGUCACCGGCUCAGUGGAGACAGGAACGGGUGGGCUAGUCAACGUCAGCAGUAGAUUUAGGUUGCCCCAGUCAUCCGCAGGAUUCACAGAGAACCUUACUUGCCAGGCAGCGGGUGCUGAUGGACAAUUGCUCAACAGAACAGUGCAGCUCAAGGAUUGUCUGGUACCAGAUACAACUGUCGACGUGAGAGAUCUCCUCACGGGGAAUCUGGUUGACAGCAGGCCCAUAUGCGUCCAGCCUGGCUUUGCUCGCUCCUUCGAAUGCACCGUCCGAGACGCUCAACCCGGCAUCUGGGGUAUCUCGUGGAUCAUCGAUGGACAGCCGGUGGUCACCGGCUCAGUGGAGACAGGAACACGUGGUUUAGUCAACGUCAGUAGCAUAAUCAAUUUGUCGGGUUCGCCAACCGAGCUCUUGGGGAAUCUUACCUGUCAGGGAGCGGGUGUUGAUGACAGACAGUUACUUUCGAGGACAGUGAAGUUCAAUGUGUGUCAAGAUUCAGAACCGGCGAGCACACUCAACAUGACGAUACUCUUUGUUGUUGUCGGCGUAUUAAGUGGAAUCUUGGUCACAGCAGUUGCAGCUCUUGUACUUUGUGAAAAAAGAUCUAGGAAGAACGACGAGGUGCGAACAAGCGCCCAAAUGACAUCGAAUGUGGAUGAAAGUGUCGAGAUGGAGUCGGUAAUCGGUGAUUCGGGACCCGAUGGCACGUCACCUGAAGAUGAAGUCACCUGCCAGAAUACCUUAGCGCAACAACACGCAAUACCCGAUGAGGAAAGCAAAGAUUCCGGCCUACCGUCCUGGGCACAGGGAUGGGGAAUUCCGUGGAGUGACUUCUUCGUCGAUGAACGAGUGCUGGGAAGUGGGAACUUCGGUGAGGUGCGCUCGGGUGCUGUGAGAAAAGACGGGGAAGUGACCAGGGCCGCUAUCAAAAUGCUAAAAGGAUACGCGUCCGCAUGCGACCGAGACGAUUUCAUGGAUGAGCUCAGGAUGAUGGCCUGUAUCGGCUACCACCCUAAUAUCGUAUUACUGCUCGGUGCCUGCCAACAUCACGAUGUGCUGCAUGUUGCUUUGGAGUAUCUUCCUUACGGUGAUCUGCGUAGCUACCUACGGACGGCCAGGUCACAGUCAGACUCAGACGAGGAUGCCUUGUCUUCGGAACAGUUGGUCAAGUUUGCUCUGGAUGUUGCCAAGGGAAUGGAGCAUCUGUCAAAAGCAGGGGUCAUUCACCGCGACUUGGCUGCGAGAAAUAUCCUGCUUGGGGACAGACUGAUUGCCAAGGUUUCCGACUUUGGACUUUCCCGAGGGGAGGACAUUUACGUUCAGACUUCAAGGAGACGAGUACCACUUCGCUGGUUGGCCAUCGAAUCGUUAAGGAACCAACUGUACACCUCACAGAGCGAUGUGUGGUCGUUUGGAAUCCUCCUUUGGGAAAUAGCAACAUUUGGUGGGACGCCGUAUCCGUCCAUUUCGAACGACUCGCUGGCAGAGACAAUCAAACGAGGGUACCGCAUGCCCCAGCCAGACAACUGUCACGACCACAUCUAUGCACUGAUGCGCGAGUGUUGGGAGGAGGAACCAGACGCCAGGCCGACGUUUACUGAGUUGGUUCACAUCCUCAGUGACAUGGCUGACAGUCGGAUUAAGCACACUUACAUGGCAGUGAUCCGCAAUGAGUACGAGAAUGCGUGCGCCAUUCGGCCGGAACUGGAUGACAACUGAAAGGUCACGUUGGACUCGGCAUGCUGGCAUUGUUUUUCGCGUAAAUGUACAUGUAAAAACUUCAAAUUGCUUAUGAAGCAAACUACGGGACAGAGAGACCCCCCC